AGUAGAGGCACCCCAUGGGGAAUAUACUGACCUGUUGUAUGUGUCCCAGGGCCAGCCGUGAGUUGGACCAGCACCAGGGGUCAGUGUGCCCCUGUGGGUCUGAGAUCUAUAAGGCAGCAGCUGGAGACAUGAUAGCAGGAGUGCCUGUGGCUGCUGCUGUAGAGCCUGGUGAGGUGACUUUUGAAGCUGGUGAGGGCCUCUAUGUGCACCACAUCUGUGAACGGGAGAUGCCAGAAGAUAUACCUUUGGAGUCCAACUCUUCUGACCAUCCAAAGGCAAGCACAAUAUUCCUGAGAAAAUCUCAAACAGAUGUACAAGAAAAAAGAAAAAGCAACUAUACAAAGCAUGUAUCUACUGAGCGUUUUACUCAACAAUACAGUUCAUGUUCGACAAUAUUCCUUGAUGACAGCACAGCCAGCCAACCUCAUCUUACAAUGACACUAAAAUCUGUGACCUUGGCGAUAUAUUAUCAUAUCAAGCAAAGAGAUGCAGAUAGAUCUUUGGGCAUAUUUGAUGAACGGUUACACCCACUUACACGAGAAGAGGUUUUGGAGGAAUAUUUUAAGUAUGAUCCUGAACACAAAUUUAUUUUCAGAUUUGUUCGUACUCUGUUUAAAGCCAAAAGGCUAACAGCUGAAUUUGCAAUCGUCAGUUUGAUUUACAUAGAAAGACUUGUAAGUUAUGCUGAUAUCGACAUUUGUCCAACUAACUGGAAGAGGAUUGUCUUGGGAGCCAUUCUUCUUGCCUCCAAGGUUUGGAGUGAUAUGGCUGUGUGGAAUGAGGACUACUGUAAGCUCUUUGAGAACAUUACAGUUGAAGAAAUGAAUGAGUUGGAAAGGCAAUUCUUGAAGCUAAUUAAUUAUAAUAUUGGCGUUACUGGCAGCGUUUAUAGCAGAUUCUACUUUGAUCUUCGCACCUUGGCACAUGACAAUGGCCUGUAUUCGCCAGUUUAUCUUCUUGACAGAGAAAGAGCAUGGAAGCUGGAGGCUUUUUCAAGGAUGGAAAAAUACAAAGUUUUCUAUAGUGCUGCCAAGAAUGGGUCUUUGAGUGCUGAUGAUUUAAUUCAUCUUCAGCGUGCUAAGGCCAUCCUCUUCUGAAGGAAGAAAUGAGGGGUAAUGUAACAUCUGAACCCCUCAUCAAAAAAGAUGGGAAAAUAUCACCUCUUCUGCUAAAGAACUAGAAAAGUUGGUAUUUUCAAAAGAAGAAACACCUCAAUUCAAGUAAACUCAAGGAAAACUAAGAUUGCACUUCAUAGUAAAGAAUGGGACCUUGUCAGGGUAACAACACACUCUUACACUCUUCUGUCCCGUUUAAUGUAUACAGAGUUAUAAAAACCACUCCAAAGUGAAGACUCCUUCUGCCCACACACAGAUAUUUGCUUAGUGUGUGGGCUGAUAGCUGUGAACUAUGUAAGGCUUUUAAAACAAUAGCUUAACUUUUUAGAUGUUAAAGAUAACUUUUCUGUUUCUUUAUGUUUUUUCUUUUCCCCAAUAUUGCUGCAUAUGCAUUUGGAAUCAGUGCAGUAUCACUGUUAAAACGUGGGAGUCUAACAACUCCUAAAGCCACUAGAAGCAGACCCAGCAUUGUCAGGUAUGGAAGGACUCUUCCUACUUUUACCAUGAAAGCUACUAGUUACUGGCAAUCAUCAAGCAAAAGCUGCCAGAUAACGUUUGCCAUUC